AUGAGCUCAAGAUAUUUAUUACGAACCCGUAGUAGGGUAUUAUUUAAACCACGAAAUACAACAAUAACAACAACAACACAUGCCAACUUUGUUUUGCGUCGGCAAUUCUCACAAUAUAAUUAUAAUCGAACCUAUGCUGCCUACAAUCAACCGAAAACACCAUUCUGGAAAAAACUUGUAUAUGCGACAUUAGGACUAGGUAUUAUUUCUGGGUAUGUUUAUUAUAUGUGGUGGCCUAAACAUACUUUCCCGAGUUCGAUUGCCAAGUUUUUGCGUAAGGGGUUAUGGGCAGAAAGUGAUCGUGGGGAAUUUGAUUAUCAAUUAGCAUUGAAAUAUUAUUUGCAGGCAUUGGAGCAUGCAAAUGAAAUAGGAUUGGAUCCAUUAAGUGAUGAAUAUACCGGGAUACAGUUAAAAAUUGGUGAAAUGUUUGAAAGGUUGAAUAUGUUAACAGAUGCAGCAUAUAUUUAUAAUGAAAUUGCCACAUUAUACUUGACAGUUUUAACUGCGCCUCGUGAUUCCCCUGAGGGACAAAGAAUUAAAGACCGUAAACAUCGUCGUCAUUUAAUACAGAAGGAUUUGAGAAUUGCCAUUAAAUUGGUAUCGUUAAAUCCUACCAACCCGCUGUUAGCUAAAGCGAUACUUAUUACCCAUUUAAUAAUUGCACAAGAUGAAGUGAAUAAACGUAUGGGAUCGUCAAUAUCUUCAGCAAAUAAAUUGAAUUUGGUUAACAAGAUUGACCCCAAUAACAAACUGGUUUCCAAUAAUUCAAAUGGAGCCUAUACGGCAAUUUUAGAUAAUGAUACUAUAGUGAUUACAAAUAACAAAACUGGUGAAGAAAGUAGAAUCAAGAAAACUCCAGAAGUUUGGGAACCUUUUACCGAUGAGUUUUUCAACGCCAUGGAUUUAUUGAGUGCCGUUUGUAUUACUGCUGGUGAUUUAUCCAUGGCUACCAAAGUGAAAAUUGCCAUGAACGAAUCAAUGUUAUUAGCUGAUAUUGAACCAUCAAAAAUGUUAUUGUCACAAUGUAAUUUAGGAUCUUUGCUCUAUAUGCAAGCUGAAGAAUUAGAGGCACAAGAAAUAUCAAUGACAAGGAGGUUUUCUGAACUUUCUGGUAUUGAAUAUGAUCAAUUGUUAGAAACACAACAACAACAACAACAAAUACAAUUACAACAAUUAGAGAAAAACUCUGAAGAUAAAUCAAAUUUAAAUUCCAAAUCCAAUUCCAAGUUGAUUAUGGAAAAACUAAGAAAAACUGUGCCGCUACUGGAUCAAGAAGCCUUAGCUACGGUGACAAAGUCCCGUUCUGUUUGCUUGCAAUUGGCAAUUAAAUCGUAUGAGUCAGUAUUACAAUUUGCAAAAUCUUUCCCACAAGAUUUCAUUAAACAGCAUAAUGAAAUCAGUGAGACAGUAGCAUUAGCAACAUAUGGUUUGGGAGUUAUUAAUUUGCAUUUGAGUCAUUAUGAUAAAGCUGAACGAUUAUUGCGUGAAUCUAGAGUAAGAGCCAAAGCAUGUGAUUAUGGAACAUUACUACCAAUGAUUGAAAAAGAAUUGGAAAAACUAUUUAAUGAAAAAAAGUUGUUACUGCAAAAUGCUGAUGGCGAUGAUGGUAAUCACUCAAAGUUAAUGAAAAAGAAACAUUCUUUACAUGACAUUGAAAUGGACAUAACUUUGAAUAAAUAA